GUCACCAAGGCACCACCAACCAACAGCCCGCCCGCGCCGGCCACCACCGCUCCAGCGCCGUCAGGAUCUGCCGCCUCACACCGUGCCCAGCUCCGCCGCCCCCGCGCCUCCCCUCUCAGCCGCUCGACGCUCGCCGGAGCGGCGGAUCUCCGACGCAUCGCUCCCUCCCGCAGGCAGCAACCGGAAUCUAGGCGGACCCGCCCGCCAUUCCACCGGAAUUGGAAAACCUAGUAGUCCCGGCGCCUCAACCUCGCCUGAACUCACCGUCGAUGGCAGCCGCCGCGGGGUCGUACGGCAAGCUCGACAAGUCAUUCAAGCUUGCCGCUCGCUCCGUACUCACCGCCUUCUCCCGCGAGGAUCUUAACAAUGCUUUCCCAUCGUUCACGGACGCCGAAAGGGAGCACCUGUACCAAAUGUUCAUCUAUGCGAUCAAGUCUUUGCAUGGCAACAUAGUGGAGGAGUUCCGAAAUUUCUGCGACGAAAUAGAAAUUGCUACUGCCCUUGACAAGGUAGAUCAGUUUGUCGAAGAACAAACUCUGGACGUGUUAUCUUCAGACAAGACUAGCAUUGAAGACAUGAAAGAAAGGAUAUCAAAGGAGAAGAAGGAUGAAAUUGAACUUUUAAAAGGUUUACUAGAGAAGACUCAAGAAAGGAACAAUGCCAUGAAGGCCCGAAUCGAACCCUUAAAGCAAGGGGGGGAUUUUAAUGACACAAGAGAUGUUCUCGCGAAGCUGAAGGAAUGGAAUACUGCAUGUCAGAGCUGCAAUGACCAUUGAGCUUCUCUGGUUACUUGAUGUAGUCAAGAGACAUCUGCUGUGUAGCUUUGUGUGGUUGUAGAGUAGAAGUUGAGUCAGGAGUCAUGCUCCCCCAUGAACCAAUGGUGCUAACCAACUGUAGCGUGAUUUUGUUUCUGAGUUGCAAGACGUAGCUGUUGUGUUUUUGUGUUUUCGUUGGCUCCUGUUUCCUGCACCCAUAGUUGAUGCUUUGCUUUAGUGUCCUGGUUCCAUGUUCUCCCUUGACAGUUGUUUUUCA